CGCAUCGCAACCAUCAAACGAUAACUUCGAUAAGAAAACAUCAAAUCACGUCAAGAAUCACUCAACAUCGACCGAGCCAAACAAAUACUAUUCUCAAUCAGUACACAAACACAACCACGAUAUCCCAAAGUCCAUUAAGCAGCAAUGGCACCAACUGCAGUCCAAUUUAAGGAGGCGCGAACUCCAACACGUAGUCCCAUCAUAACACAACGCGUCGCAAAGGGCCUGACCGAAAAUCAAAAACGUGCAAUCAUUGAGAAUCUACAACUCGAAGGUCAGAAAAUCGAUUUGUCGCCUGACUUGUCUGUUUACUAACAUAUCAACAGUCACUGAACGCGCCAGGAAGCUUCGCGCACAAUAUGCCUUGCAAGCGCAAACUAUGCGAGCGCGCCUCGAAAUACGAAUCAAUCGAAUUCCCGUCGCAAUGAGAAAUAUGAACAUAGGAGAGCUGGCUGCGCAACAUCUGGCCCUGAAGCAGAAGAGUAUUGCAGGUUCGCCAGCAAAGAACCGUGUCGAGGAUAUCCGUGAAAAGACACGAGUUAGCCCAUCACCACGCCCAAAGAAGCGCAAGAGGUAUGGUUUACAAUAAUUCUUGCGCAAUCAAUGCUAACCUGUCCAGUGAUGAAAUGUCAAUUGAUAAGGAGAACCAAGAAAACCAGGAAAUUGAAUAUCCCAAGAAGCGCGCUCGCGCACCUAACCCAGCAGGCCGUCCUAUUUCCCGCGAAACGGUCCAGCCAUCUCAAGUCCUCUCUCCAAGAUCAGCCAACUCCCGAUCAUACCAACUUACACAAACUCGCAAUGCAGCUCAAUCGAAGCCAGUCCCAAGCCGACCAGUUUCACCACUUAAGUCAUCGGCGUCAGCAGCAUCUGGAGGCGCAGCUGGAAUUCUCACAAAUAUGGUUGAGAAAGCAAAGGCCACUCGAGGAGCAGCAGCAGUUCGAAAGGCAACUGGACCAAAGAAGGCAGAGACCAAGAAAGCCGAAACCAAAAAGGCAGCUGAAGCAAAACAAGCUACUGGAACCAUUAGAGGAAGAAAAACACCAGCACCUGCUGCAGCACCAGCUGCUCGUUCUACACGAGGCAGACCUCGUACUGUCAGUGAUUCUAGUGAUACUAGCAAUGGCACUGUUGUACGCAAGCCUGUCGCAAAGAAGGAACCCGCCGCCAAGAGAACCGUUAUGGGUACUAUUAGAGGAAUGGGAGCAGCCAAGAAGGCAGCAGCAGCGCCUGCACCGAAGGCGGGUGGUACAGCUACACGAGUUUUGCGAAAGAGGAAUUGAUUGAUUGGCAUUGCAGGUGAUUGAAUGUGGUUAUUAAUAAUCUGGGAGGGUUGCUUUUUGGAGUUUGGAAAUGCAUUAAAGUUACAUUUCCCAUGGGGUAUGGGGCGGAGUUUGGGAUAGUACACCAUAAAGGACUGGGUACUUUGGGGUUGUAUGGGGUUUUAGAAUAUCGUCAAUACCCAUUUUCUCGCGUGGAAGUCAAGCAAUUGGAUUGAUUGAUUAGCAUGACUGAGAAUUCAUCAUAAAGUACUUCUCCAGCGUCACACCAAAGUUUCUCAAAGCUGCGCUAAGAACUAUCACAUUACCUAGGUAGUAGAGAGAUCACCCUCCAACCUGGAAUAUCAGACCUCGGUAUUGUUACCUGCUCAUUAGACACAGUAUCUGAUCCUAGUACAGUAAGUAGCCCUGUAAUGAUUCUGUUUC